GGCCGGGCCGGAAGCGGCGCUGCCCGCCGGGCAACAUGUCCGCGCGCCGCCCGUUCCGCUCCUGCGCCUGCUUCUGCUCCCACAACGUCUUCGUGCGGCGCUACGGGCUGCACGUCCGGUACCGGGACGAGCGGCAGCUCCGCCGCGACUACGGGCGGGCGCUGCGGGAGCGGGGCUGCCGGAGCCAGGAGCAGCUGGCGGCCGUGCUGCGGGAGGUGGAGGCAGAAGUGGAGAGAAGGAAGCAGCUGAGCCGGCAGGCGGUGGAACGCAGAGCCAUCAUCUCCAAGUGCUACAGGCAGAGGCACCCAGAAGUCUACGUGCUGCAGGAUUCAUUCCUGGCCCCAGAUUUUCUAGCCAUCGUGAGGUACUGCACGUCGCCCGCUGCUCACCUCGGCGGCCUCCUGCCCUACAUCCAGGCCUUCUCAGAUAAGAGGAUCUAUCGGCUCCCGGUGUUCACAGAGGAGUUCUGCCAAGCCCUUGUCGAGGAGCUGGAGAACUUUGAGCAGUCAGACAUGCCUAAAGGCAGGCCCAACACUAUGAAUAAGUAUGGGGUGUUGCUAAAUGAGCUUGGGAUGGAUGAGACAUUCAUCACCCCCCUGCGUGAGAAAUACCUGCGGCCCAUCACGGCCCUGCUCUACCCUGACCUGGGGGGCUCUGCUCUGGACAGCCACAAGGCCUUUGUUGUCAAGUACUCACUGCAUGAAGAUCUGGAUCUGAGCUCUCACUAUGACAACUCAGAAGUCACCUUGAACGUUUCCCUGGGAAAAGACUUCACAGAAGGCAACUUGUACUUUGGGGAUUUCAGACAGGAUCCAACCCCUGUGCCCAAGUACCUGGAGAUUGAGCACGUGGCAGCCCAGGGGCUGUUGCACCGAGGAGGGCAGAUCCAUGGGGCCCUUCCCAUUGCCUCUGGGGAACGCUGGAACCUCAUUGUUUGGAUGAGAUCAUCAGUCAUCCGCAACCAGCUCUGCCCCAUGUGCAACAAGAAGCCUGAGCUGGUGGAAGCAGAGGGCUUUGGAGAUGGCUUCACUGAAACCCUCGAGGACGACGUGCCAGGGACUGUUAAUCUCUGUUCCUUGUGGUAGCAGAGGGCAGGGCCUGGUUUCUGCAAACCAAGUUGCCUAAAUCUCCUUUGUGACUGCAGUGGUGGGCUCUCUGAUGGAUGGGCAAGUGACAGAAGAAGUUGCUGUUUCCUGGGCUGACACCCUGGCUGGAGAACUGUUUGGAAGGUGUAGGAAGCCUGUAAAGGCUCUGUGAAUAUUUCCAGGUGUCCAGGGAGAACACCCAGAGCUGCCUGGCUGGUGUGGAGGCCUCUGUGCCAGUGGCAGCAGCUCCCGCCGGGAAUGGUGCAAUAAAGGCCUGUGCUGCCCACUGCUCUGCCUUCA